GAGGAAAAGGAAGAGAGAGAGGCGGUGGAAGAAUGAAGAACAUAGGAAAAAACAGAGCGCGCCAAUUCCAUUCAUGCAAACAGGUCUCAACCAUUGUUAAAGCAUAGGAAAUCCAAGGCUCAAUGGAGAAUAUUGAAUCAAAACAUAGAAACUACGAUGCUUAUUUUGACACCAUACAAAGCAGGAAGAAAUUACCACGAUCCAUGCAAGAAACUUUAACAUCUGCAUUUGCAAAGAUUCCAGUUUCUUCCUUCCCAGAUGUUCCUGGAGGAAAAGUGAUCGAGAUUGGAGCAGACACGCCCAUAGGAGAUGCAGUCAAGGUUCUCUCGGAAUCAAACAUCCUAUCAGCUCCUGUAACUGAUCCUGAUUCAAAAAAUCCAUUAGAUUGGAGGGAAAGAUACUUGGGGACUAUAGAUUAUUCUGCAAUCGUUUUGUGGGUUCUAGAAGGUGCAGAAAUUGCUGCAGCUGCAUUAUCAGCUAGUUCUGCUACGGCUGCUGGGGUUGGAGCAGGUGCGGUUGGAGCCCUCGGUGCAUUAGCAUUGGGCUUGACUGGUCCAGCCGCUGUUGCUGGUCUGACUGUUGCAGCUGUUGGUGCAGCUGUGGCUGGAGGAGUGGUUGUUGAAAGGGGUUUAGGUAAAGAUGCUCCAACUGCUGCAGAUAAAUUGGGUGAAGAAUUUUAUAAAGUUUUACUUCAAGAAGAACCGUUUAAGUCUACCACAGUAAGAUCGAUAAUAAGAUCAUAUCGAUGGGCACCCUUUCUCCCAGUUGGAAUGGACAGUUCCAUGCUGACCGUCAUGCUGCUUCUUUCCAAAUAUCGAUUAAGGAACGUGCCUGUAGUUGAGCCUGGCCAGCCUUUGGUUAAGAAUUUCAUUACACAGUCUGCAGUUGUUCAUGGCUUGGAAGGAUGCCAAGGCCGUGAUUGGUUUGAUUGUAUAACUCAAUACCACAUAUCGGAACUUGGGCUUCCUUUUAUGGCAGAAAAUGAGGUUAUCAGCAUUGAGAGCAAUAAACUGAUAUUGGAAGCUUUUAAGAGAAUGAAAGAUAACCAAAUCGGCGGUCUCCCUGUCGUGGAAGGUCCAACAAACAAGAUAGUUGGUAACGUUAGCAUAAGAGACAUCAGAUUCUUGCUUCUGAAACCUCAUCUUUUCUCUAGUUUCAGUCGAUUAACCGUGAUGGAUUUCUUGAAGACAGUUGCUGAAGAAAUCCCCGAAUCAAGGAGGGUUCUUGCUCCGAUAACCUGUAAAACUGAUUCAACACUUGGAACGGUCAUCCAACUUCUAGACUCAAACACAGUCCACAGAAUUUACGUGGUGAGUAAUGAAAAGGAAGUAAUUGGUGUCAUUACUCUAAGAGACGUAAUCUCUUGUUUCAUCGAACCACCUAACCAUGUUGAUAACUAUCUCGGGUUCUCUGUUCAAGAGAUGUUGGAAUCUGUAAAUCAGUAAGUUCUUCUUCUUUGUAGAACAAAGUUUUUUCAGUAAUAACAAAAGA